GCUGUGUUCCCUUUGCGCUGGGGGAGCAGUUGCUGCUGCUCCUCAGGCAGCCCUCGCAGGAUGCCGUUCCGGCAGGGCUCUGCCCGCACCCGGCAGCGCACCGUCCUGCUGGUGGGGAUCGUGGUGCUGCUGGCCGCCCUCGUCCUCGCCGUCGUGCUGGCCUCCAUCCUGACUCACGGGAAGCCAGAGGGCAGUCCUGAAAUGCUGAAGUGGAAGGACAGAGGGACCACUAAGAAUCUGCAAGAAGUCAUCCUGGGAAGAUGCUACAACUACGUCAUGGCGCGGCACUCUGAGCUGGGAGAUAAGGAUUGCCUAAAAAUAUGGGAAUCAUUAAAAGAGGCAUUCAUUUACAAGAAUCCCUGUAAUAUUACAUCAGAAGAUUACCAGCCUUUAAUGGAGUUAGCAAGUCAUCCUAUACCCUGUAACAAGUCACUGUUUUGGAGCAAGACAAAUGACCUCGCACAUCGUUACACAAAAUCCAAUCAAAAUUUCUUUACCUUGGAGGACACCUUGUUGGGUUAUAUGGCUGAUAGGGUUUCAUGGUGUGGAGACCCCUCUGCCCCAGGAAUCAACUAUGAAUCUUGUCCAAAACGAAGUGAAUGUGAAAGCAACCCUGUCUCUGUGUUCUGGAAAUUGGCAUCCAAGAUGUUUGCAGAAGCAGCAUGUGGUGUGGUUCAGGUGAUGCUCAAUGGAUCAAUAGAAGCUGGAGCUUUCAAAAGCAGCAGCAUCUUUGGAAGUAUUGAGAUCUUUAACCUAAAUCCAGAUAAAGUCUCUGCAGUACACGUUUGGCUUAUGCAUGACAUCGGUGGACCUCAGAGUGAGUCUUGCUCAGGUUAUUCCAUAAAGAGGUUAAGAAGCAUCUUAGAAGAACGAAACUUUCAGAUCACCUGUGAAGACAAUUACAGGCCAGUUCAGCUCCUUCAGUGUGUGCAUAACCCUGAGCACACAGACUGCAGACUUUGCACCAACUCCACGGCAGCUCCAUGAAACGGAGUCCUCUGCACUACUGAAGUUAACUGUGUGUACAGCUGGAAAAGAUAUGGCUACAUAGCUUAGGGUGAUAAAUAGUAGUGUGGAGUGUACAGAGUCCAUAACCAGAAAUCCUUGCUGUGAUACUAACAGCCAAAUAACAGCAGAUGAUACUUUAGGUGUGAUGACUGUACACACACGCCCACAACGCACUAUUUCAGAGAGGCCAGGGGAAUGUUCAGUGGUUGAGGGCAGAGGCUUUGCCCUGGUUUGCUCUCUCCUGUACAACUCCACUUGUGCCUAGGGGCUCAGAGUGGGGAUUCCCUGGGGUGUGCACGGAGAAGAAAAAGAAUUUCCAGAGGCAGAACUUGCUGGCAUCAGCACCCAGCUUCCUCCUUGCUGGAAAGCUGGGUGGAAAAUGACCAAAGCAUGCUACAUUCUCCCUGCAUCCCAGUGCAACAUUCCCCAGAGGGGAACAUUGCCCCAUGGCACAUGGUGUAAAUCAUGUUUCGCCCAGAGACUGUGAUACCUCUGAGCAGCUAAAGCAAGCAAGAGGAGAGGCAGAGCGGUUCUUACCUUUUAAUGGGUAUCACAGUAAGUGGCUGGUGAGGAAACGGCUGAGCUGAGCCAAGAAAAGACCAGAAACCACUCAGAGGGUUGCCAACAGCUGUAAGGACAUGUCAAGUAUGUAGCUAGGGAGAGAAAAUAGCCAGACUGACUCAGAUAGCCCCACUAAAAUCCUACUGGAAACACCACUGCAGUUCACAUUACAUUUCAUUCUUAAUAUAGCAGCAAGUGUAAGCCUCCCAGCUUUCAGAAAAGGUCCCUCAGGCCACAGCUUGGCCAGCCACUGGAAUAGAUACAAACAUCAAAUGGUUGCCACAAUAAGGAGUCUCUCUUGACCUCAGUUUCUGAGGUGAAAGGUGAUGCCUUGCAGUGUAUAAUUCACAUGCAUGGACAUGCCAUAGUACGUCGAAUCAGCAGGUUUCAUUGAUUUUCUUUGAUUUCUAUUCUACUGCUCUCACAUGCAUAAUCAAGUGCAGGUUUAUAACAAAACAAAGAUCUGAGGCCAGCUUGUGCCUUUGUGCAGUGACAUCAACACAAAGAGAACUGAGCAGGUGUUGCUACAGAUAUACUCCCAGGUGUUGCAGUGACAGUGUAACUAGCAAUUGUCAGUUCAUUAGGCAGACCUAGGUUUCCAUGAUCCCACAGGCAGAAGGUUAUAAUGCUCUGUUUUAGUGACUACCCAGAGUGUGAAGCAUCUUUAUGGAACUACACAAGUUGGUGUAAUUUCAAGUACCUCUAGAGGAACCUUUUCUCUGUAAUACACAAGCCUGCACUGAACAUAGCUGGACCAGACCCAAGGCCUCACCCAUAAUGUUUACAUUAAGUGAAACAUAUUUUUAUUUGCGUUCUGUUGUGCAACUACUUGGAUGUAUCAACAUGGACACAUACCAGUGCUUUCAGAUACGUUAUUUCUGACUAUAGGUCAAGAGUUUGUCUUCAUGCUCACUUUUGUACCUCUUCUGUUGUAAUAUAAAAUGUUGACUGUAAAAUCGAGAUCUGUAAUAAAAUUGCUGAUGGCAAA